UCCUAUUCAUUCGACAAUCAGCCUUAACAUGUUCGUGAGGCUAGGACGUCCUCUGCGUGCCGCAGCCUUUAAGCCGGCCAAUGCGCGGCGCUUCUCCAAGGCCGCACCGGAGCCGCGUCCCACCGUGCGCCCCACUAAGCAGAUGGUGGUCACAGAGCUCAAGGAGGUUGGCAAGCUCAUGUUUGGGGGCCUUGCAGUAACCUCAGCGCUCAUCGCUUCAGGUGGCUUCGUUAUCGAGACGGUGAAGACGAUGAACCCAAUGACUCCUCCAGGCUUCAUGCUACAAGUCUCAGGACCCGACGGAGAGUCCACGGACGUCCACGUGCAGCGUCUUGGCAGCGGAGACGUGACCGUUCUAUUCGAUGGCGGCGUGGGGGAGACCUCCUUCGAUUGGGACAAAGUGGCAGUGGAUGUGGCCAAGUUCGCCACUGUCAUUAGCGUCGACCGUCCUGGACUGGGCUUCUCCAAGCCUGGAGCACAGCCUAGAACAUCCAGUCAGAUCGCUAGUGAGUACAAGCAGAUCCUAGAGAAGCUUAACGUUAACGGGAAGAUGGUGCUGGUGGGUCAUGGAGCGGGAGGCUACAAUAUGAGGGAGUUGGCUCAAGAGUUAAAGGUGGCUGGAAACGGACCUGAGUGUCAAGGACUGGUCCUUGUCGACGCGUUGCAGGAAAACCUUCGCGAAGAACUGGAGAGCGUCUCGGAGGUGGUACAUAAGUCAUUGGAAGAGAUGGACAGCAACGGUGAGAUGGUGUUGCGUCUCUCGCGGCUCGGUCUUAUCCGACUGAUCAACGUCGUACAGCACUCCAAGAUGGCGGACAAAUAUUCUCCCGUUGCGUUGCCCUUUGUGCAGUACUUUUCUCCCUCUCCGGCGCAUCGAGAAGGAGCACUGCGCGAGAACCAGGCUAUUCACGAGACUGAGAAGCGCUUCCGAGGUUCUGGCUCGACGCUGUUUGGUUUCCCGUGUGUUGUGCUAUCGCACGGUAAAGCGGGUAUGUUCGACACUAUGAAGAUGCAGGCGGGGGUGACUCCCAAGACGCUGGCGGACUUGGAGCGCAAGUGGCUGGACGCACAGACCAAACUGGCCAAUACGGUCAGCAAGCGUAGCGUACAUCUUGUGAUUAACGAUGCUGGCCACUGCAUUCAUCAUGAGAAACCGGAAGAAGUCACGAAGGCUGUUCGUGCUUUAGUUGAUGAGAUCCACGGUAACGUUCACGAGAAUCGCGGUCUGAUGUCGCUUACGAAACGCGAAUGACGUUGUCGCUGCAAGUAGUACAGCAUUCUGGAAAGAAAUGCACCAAAUAGAAACGGAUGUUUUCAAACUACCCGACGUUUAUGUCAGCAUUUGAUUGACGAUCCACGGUUUAACUUUAUGUGCGAACAAGCUCAAUCC